AUGGCAAAUCGUCCACACGGUGGUGAACUUAAAGACCUUCACACACGAGAUGCUUACCAGCAUGAAACUUUGCUUAAGGAGGCAGCGUUUCUCCCGUCUAUCACAUUAACUGAUCGACAACUAUGUGACUUGGAACUGUUAAUGAACGGCGGGUUUUCCCCGUUAGAAGGCUUUAUGAAUCGUAAAGAUUACGAAAGUGUAGUUCAUGAUCUACGGUUAGCAAACGGUAUUCUAUUCUCAAUGCCAGUAACUCUUGACAUCUCACAGAAAGAUAUUGAAUAUUUUAAUCUUGUGGCUGGCAAACGAGUCGUUUUACGCGAUUUACGUGACGAUGCUCCUUUGGCUAUUCUAACAAUCGAAGAUAUAUAUAAACCGGAUAAGGAAGUCGAAGCAAUCAACGUGUUUGGUGAUAAUGAUUCAGCACAUCCUAGCGUCAAAUAUCUACAUACUCGUGUUAAGGAAUACUAUAUUGGCGGUAAUGUCGAAGCAAUUAAUCCACCCACUCACUAUGACUAUGUCGCUCACAGAUUCACUCCGACAGAACUCCGAGCUCAUUUCAAAAAACUCAAUUGGACACGUGUUGUUGCAUUUCAAACACGAAAUCCGAUGCACAGAGCACAUCGUGAACUAACAGUCAGAGCAGCACGCCAACGUCAAGCAAAUAUUCUCAUCCAUCCAGUUGUUGGCCUCACAAAACCCGGUGAUAUCGAUCAUUAUACCCGAGUUCGUGUCUAUCAAGCAAUAAUGCCCAAAUAUCCUAAUGGUAUGGCCACGCUAAGUUUAUUACCGUUGGCUAUGCGAAUGGCUGGACCACGUGAGGCUGUUUGGCAUGCAAUCAUAAGGAAGAAUUUUGGUGCUACACAUUUCAUUAUUGGAAGAGAUCAUGCAGGUCCCGGCAAAAAUUCCAAAGGUGAAGAUUUCUAUGGUCCAUAUGAUGCUCAACAUUUUGUCGAAAAAUAUCGAGACGAACUUCAUAUAGAGGUAGUCCCCUUCCAAAUGGUCACUUAUCUCCCUGAUUCAGAUGAAUACUUGCCAAUUGAUGAAGUUCCCCUCGGCACAAAUCAACUAAAUAUUUCUGGCACAGAAUUACGACGUCGUCUACGAACAGGUGGCAAUAUACCGGAAUGGUUUUCAUAUCCAGGGGUUGUAAAAGUACUACGCGAUACACAUCCACCAAGAUCACGACAAGGUUUUACGUUGUUCCUUACGGGAUAUUAUAAUUCUGGUAAAGAUACAGUUGGCAAAGCGUUACAAGUAAAACUUAAUGAACAAGGUGGCAGAUCUGUAAGUCUGUUAUUAGGUGAAACAGUAAGACAUGAAAUAUCUUCUGAAUUGGGUUUUACGCGCAAAGAUCGUGAUCAGAAUAUUGCACGUAUAGCUUUUAUAUCAGCAGAGCUUACUAAAGCAGGUGCAGCAGUUAUAGCUGCGCCAAUUGCGCCUUUUGCCGAAGCACGUGCACACGCAAGAGCUCAUGUAGAAACAUAUGGUGGGUUUUAUUUAAUUCACGUGAACACUCCUUUGGAGCAUUGUAUAAAGACGGAUCGAAAAGGAGUUUACAAGAAAGCACAAUCUGGAGAGAUAAAAGGAUUCACGGGUGUUGACGACACAUAUGAAAUACCAACUGACGCUGAUAUCGUUGUGGAUGUGAGUAAGCAAAGUAUCAAUGAAAUUUGCCAUCAGAUAUUGCUGUUAGUUGAAAAGGAUGGUUAUAUUGGCGAAAAAUAA